UUUAUCAAUUUCAUCACACAUCGGAGAAGAAGAAGAGGAGCAGAGUCCCCCUUCCCGCAUUGUUCAGAUUCCGAACGAUCGUCGAAUCGGGAAGUCAAUGACUACGAGAAACUUGGUGGAGCCUUCGUGGCGUCUUCUCGCAGCGAGCGGCGGAGACACGGUCAAGCUCUUCGACGUCUCCGCCGGCGCCGAGUCUUGCGAUGAUCCCUGCGUUUUGAGCUACACUCCGACGCCUCGCUCCGUCGUCAAUUACGUCAAAUGGAACCAUACGAAUAUGGUUGUAGCGAGUGUGGGAGAAGAUAAGAAGAUAUCUCUGUGGCAGAAAAAUGGGAAGACCUUAGGAUCUGUACCUAAGAACAGCAAUGAUAUCAAUGAGGAAUGUUUAUCAGCCAUUAGCUUCAGCAACAAAGGGUCUAGGUAUAUAUGUUCUGGAGGAACUGGUCAAACUGUGAGGAUAUGGGAUCUGCAAAGAAAGCUUUGUAUUAAAAAUCUGAAGGGUCAUACAAGUACAAUAACGGGUGUGAUGUACAAUUGCAAAGACGAGCAUGUGGCUUCUAUCAGUGUCGGUGGGGAUCUGAUAGUUCACAACCUUGCGUCUGGAGCAAGAGCUUCUGAACUCAAGGAUCCAAACGGGCAGAUUUUGAAGGUUCUUGAUUAUUCGAGGUUCAGUCGACACCUUCUGCUCACUGCAGGUGAUGAUGGGACUGUGCAUCUCUGGGACACGACUGGUCGUAACCCAAAGAUGACCUGGUUGAAGCAGCAUUCUGCACCAACUGCUGGUGUUUGUUUCUCUCCAUCAAAUGACAAGAUUAUUGCUAGUGUGGGGCUAGACAAAAAGCUUUACACUUACGACUCUGGUACCAGAAAACCAUCGUCCUGCAUUUCAUAUGAAUCACCUUUCUCUUCUUUGGCGUUUGGGGAUAAUGGUCACAUACUGGCAGCUGGAACGGGUAACGGUAGAAUAGUAUUCUACGACGUACGUGGCAAGCCGCAACCUGUCACUGUCCUCCACGCGUACAGCAGUUCAGAGGCUGUCACAAGUUUAUCCUGGCAAACAUCAAAACCAGUUAUUGUGAACGAAAGAAACUGCACGCCUGAGAUGGCUCUUUUUGGUGGUACUGUGGAAGAUUCAGUUGUCAUUCCAGACCCCUCUCCUGCAACGACCUCAUCUUUAGCUUCACAUUCCACGGUGUUGCCAGGCUCUCAUGGAGCUCCCUCUAGUACGUCAAAUCUAUCAUCGGCAGAAGAAACGCCGAAAAGAAAUCAUCUAUGGCCUGGUGGACCACUGAUCAGGCUACAAGCACACCGUGCCAGUGAUAGUUCUAAAGAUGAUAUGGACAUAUUUUCCCCAGUCGUUGGCGUACAAUCUGUUGAGAAAUGGUCUGAUACCGAAGGAUUGAAAAGGGAUCAUCUAGUUCUUGAUAAGAGGACUUCCUCCUUGACGUUUCCUUCUUCGAGCAAAGGAGGGUUUCCGUUUGGAGAUGACGGGAACAAAGACUGGAAACUGAGCUCCACUUCUAAACAGGAUGACACAAGGGCUGCUUUUUCUCCUUUUGGAUCAACGCCCACAGCAUUAUCGAAAAGCGAAUUCUCUGCUCUGACCCCGCCAGAAGCCUGGGGUGGCGAGAGGUUAAACCACUUGGCUGGUAAUGACAAAUUUUCUGAUAAAUUCAGUCACCUGAACCCGCCUCCGCGUCUCGGGAUUUCCAGCUCAAGCGCUAGUACAUCUGGAUCGAUGUAUUCUGGUUCUAGAGAUUUCCCUUUGUCGCUUGGUCAGAACCAGACGAGCCUCGCAAACGUUAGCAUUAGCUCAGAGUUCCCUGGCGUGAGAGACUUCAACUCAAAGUUCGAGAAAUCGUCAACGAUUCUGCCAGACAAUUUCCCAUCCAGUCCGUUGCUAACCAAAGGCAACACCGCUCCGGGGAGCAUUGAUUCAUUGAGGCUUUCACCGAGUUUGACUCGUAGGUUCUCAACUUAUGCUGAGAGAAUCGGCGAUGGAGCCUUUCUCUCUUCUGGUUCGCCUAAGAUAAAGAAAACAGGAGCCGAAACCAGAGAAGAAGUUCUGAAUAAUCUGUUGCAAAGACCUGAGAGACUGGCUGCAGAUGCAGCAGGAGGUCUUCCGGUUAUGAAUGGAGGAGGAAGCUUGCAACAGUCGAAGCAGCCUGAAAACAACUUCACGCUUCAGCUAUUUCAAAGAACACUUGAAGGAACACUCGAUAAUUUGAAGAACUCAGUCCACGACGAUAUGAGGAACCUGCACAUAGAGAUACUGAGACAAUUCCACAUGCAUGAGAUGGAGAUGUCGACAGCGUUAAACUCGGUUCUGGAGAACCAAGCAGAGCUCAUGAAAGAGAUUAAAAUGUUACGGAAAGAGAACCAACAACUUCGCCAAAUGCUUUAGAGAGCGAAAAAAAGGAAUGAAAGGAUAUAUGAGUGCAACCAUUUAAGCUUUAAUGUAGUCGAAUGUUUUGUGUAGAAAAUGCAUUUCACUGGAGUGAAACAAAGAUUAAAUGGAUACUAUUUCACUUUUUUCAGCUGAACUGUUGAUACAUCCUAAUUUGUUAUUUUCUAGCAGACAUAUAUAAUUGUCAAGUGCCAACAGAUGUA